AUGCUUUCUUGGAAUACUUCUACUCACUUCUGUAAUUGGCAUGGAAUCACAUGCAAUUCCACGCUUACGAGAGUUACUGAGUUGAGCUUGCAAGGGUACAAGUUGAAAGGGAAGAUAUCUCCUCACAUAGGUAAUCUAUCUUUUAUGAGAAGAUUUGAACUUGGAAACAACAGUUUUCAUGGCAAUAUCCCGCCAGAAGUGGGACGAUUGUCCCAAUUGCAAAUUUUCAAGGUUGAAAAUAACACAUUGGUAGGAGAAAUUCCUUCCAAUUUGACAUAUUGUACUCAACUCAAAGUUUUAUUUUUGUAUGGAAACAAUCUUCUGGGAAAAAUACCAACCGAAAUUGGGUUACUCCAGAAGGUUCAACUUCUGAACUUUGGUCGAAACCAAUUAACGGGAGGAAUUCCAUCAUCAAUAGGGAAUCUUUCAUCAGUGACAUAUAUCUCCCUGACUUUUAACAACUUAGAGGGAGAUAUUCCAAUACAAAUAUGUCAUCUCAAUAGCUUGACAAUUAUAGCUUUGGGUGUUAACAAUCUCAAUGGAACAUUUCCUUCUUGUCUUUAUAAUAUGUCAUCUCUUAUUGGAAUCUCAGUUUCAGACAACCAAUUCAGUGGCUCUCUUCCAUCCAACAUGUUCCACAACCUCCCAAAUCUCCAGGCACUUGUACUAGGUGGCAAUCAUAUCUCAGGUCCAAUUCCACCUUCCAUUACAAAUGCAUCCUUACUCUCACUCUUUGAGAUAGUCGAAAACCAUUUUGUGGGAAGAGUUCCAAGUCUUGGAAAACUGCAAAAUCUUUAUCGCCUAAAUUUGGGUAAGAACAAUUUAGGUGACAAUUCAACUACUGGUUUGGAGUUUUUAAAAUCAUUGAUGAACUGUACUAAGUUGAAAAUAUUAGCUCUAUCUUUCAAUAAUUUUGGAGGUCAUUUGCCAAAUUCUUUGGGCAAUUUUUCCACCCAACUAAGUGAACUAUAUCUCGGAUACAAUGACAUAUCUGGAGAAAUCCCUGAGGCAAUAGGAAAUCUAGUUGGCUUAACUCUAUUGACCAUAUACAAUAACCACAUUGAUGGGAUUAUCCCAACAACUUUUGGAAAGCUGAAAGUGCUUCGAGUGUUAGGCUUACGGGGAAACAAUUUGUCAGGAAAGAUAGAACCCUUCAUUGGCAACCUUAGUCAAUUGUUUUAUUUGGACCUGCGAGCAAAUCAGUUUGAAGGGAGUAUUCCUCCAAGUAUAGGAAACUGCCAAAUCCUACAACAUCUAGAUCUUUCGCAGAACAAUCUUACAGGAACCAUACCGCUAGAGGUUUUUAAUCUUUCCUCUUUAUUUGACAAGUUGGCUUUGUCACAUAACUCGUUGAGUGGUAGUAUACCAGAGAAAGUGGGAAAGUUAAAAAAUAUCGACUUUCUAGAUAUGUCUCUGAAUCAUUUGUCUGGUCACAUUCCUAGUGGUAUUGGAGAAUGCAUGAUGAUAGAGUACCUCUAUUUGCAAGGGAAUUCUUUACAAGGAAUCAUACCAUCUUCUUUGGCAUCACUUAAAAGUAUUAUACUUUUGGACCUAUCACAAAACCAUUUGUCUGGUUCAAUUCCAAAUAUUCUGCAAAACCUUUCUUUCUUACAACAUUUCAAUGUAUCUUUUAACAUGUUGGAAGGUGAGGUACCCACUGGAGGUGUCUUUCGAAAUGCAAGUGCUGUAGUUGUGACUGGAAAUAGUAAGCUUUGUGGAGGUAUUUCUGAAUUGCAUCUACCACCAUGCCCUGUCAAAAGUAAGAAACUUGCAAAACACCACAAGUUCAGACUGAUAGUAGUGAUAUUGAGUGUAGUUGCGUGUCUUAUUGUACUAUCAUGUAUAUUAACCAUCUAUUGGUCGAGGAAAAAGGGAAAGAAACCUUCCCUUGAUUCAUCAACAAUUGAGCAAUUGGCUAAAGUUUCCUACCAAAGCUUAUACAACGGAACUGAUGGGUUCUCAACUACAAAUUUGAUAGGGAAUGGAAAUUUUAGUUCUGUCUACAAAGGAACUCUUGAGUUAGAAGACAGAGUUGUUGCCAUAAAAGUUCUAAACCUGCAAAGAAAAGGAGCUCACAAGAGCUUCGUAGCUGAAUGUAAUGCACUGAAAAACAUUAAACAUCGAAAUCUUGUUCAGAUUUUGACAUGUUGUUCUAGCACAGACUACAAAGGUCAAGAAUUCAAAGCUUUAAUCUUUGAGUACAUGAGAAAUGGAAGCUUAGAGCAAUGGUUGCAUCCUCCCACAACAAGUGUAGAGCCCCCGAGAACAUUGAGGCUUAGUCAAAGAUUAAAUAUCAUGAUUGACGUAGUUUCUGCAUUACAUUAUCUCCAUCAUGAAUGUGACCAAUUGAUCAUUCAUUGUGAUUUAAAGCCAAGCAAUGUGCUUCUUGAUGAUGACAUGACUGCUCAUGUAAGUGAUUUUGGCAUAGCAAGACUUCUCUCAUCAAUCAAAGGUAUCACCACUAAACAAUCAAGUACACUUGAAAUAAAGGGAACUAUUGGCUAUGCUCCUCCAGUGGGUUGUGAAGUGUCAACUUAUGGCGACAUGUACAGCUUUGGAAUUCUCAUGUUGGAAAUGCUUACUGGGAGAAGACCUACAGAUGAAACGUUUGAAGAUGGUCAAAAUCUUUGUAACUUUGUUGCAAUAUCAUUUCCCAAUAAACUUUCCCAAAUUAUGGAUCCACGACUAACUCCAAUUGAGGAAAAUGAAAUGAAUCUUAAUCCAAUUGUUGAGAAGCACUUAGUUUCACUUUUUAGGAUUGGACUUGCCUGUGCCGUGGAAUCACCAAAAGAAAGAAUGGAUGUGGUUGAUGUUAGCAAGGAGCUUCAUCAAAUCCGAAAAGCCUUGGUUGGGACGAGCUCUAUACUGGGAAAUGAUCUUAAUAUAUAUCCUUGA